AUGGCUUUGCUUCAACUUAGUUUCUUCAUUUUUUGCCUCCUUGUUGACAAAAUCUCUGGUCAUGGAAUGAUGCUACAACCCCCAAAUCGAAGCUCUUUGUGGCGAUUUAAUCCCAACGCACCACCUAAUUAUAACGACAAUCAGAAUUAUUGUGGAGGAGCUGGGGUCCAGUGGGCUAGUAUGGGAGGCAAAUGUGGUGUUUGUGGUGACAAAUACGACGAUCCCCAUCCACAAGCAAACGAGAAUACUGGUAAAUAUGGCCAGGGAAUAAUCGCCGCUGAGUAUAAAUCAGGAAGUUCUAUCGAUGUUGAGGUUUUACUUACCACAAACCAUAAGGGUUUCUUUAAUUUUAGUUUGUGCGUAUUACAAAACCCGAACAAGCAUGAAUCUGGAGAAGAUUGCUUCCAGCCUCUGAAACUUGCAAAUGGUGAUAAUCAAUACAAUGUUGUUACUGGUGAAAAAACAAUAAAUACACAAAUACAAUUGCCAAGCGGUUUGAAAUGUGACAGAUGUGUCUUGCGUUGGCAUUAUCAAGCCGGUAACAACUGGGGGCAGUGUGAAGAUGGAAGUUAUAAUCAAGGAUGUGGCCCUCAAGAGACUUUCCGUUCUUGUGCUGAUAUAACAAUCUCUUAAACCUAUUAAUCUUCAGUUUUCUAUUACUGAUAAUGUUGUUAUGCGACAUAAAACACGAAAUUGUUUAAAUAAAGAAUUUUACUGAAAAUUC